CACCAAACCCUUGAGAUUCCAGCUGGCCUGACCACGCCAUAAUCAUUCCCCUUAGAUCAGCCGCUGUCAGUACUUUUACUGCGAAAGCAAACAGAAAUGCUGCGGGAAGUUAAACCGCGAAAUGCGCGGACGGCAAGAAUCGUCAAAGCCCGCGAACCGCAACAAGUCGAGACGAGAAAGAGAGUUCUACUCCUACAUGGGUCGAAAUGCCCACAACCAGUGGCCUCGGUACUCAAAACAGUACACACUCUGACCAAGCCCGAUGCUGUGCAACUCCACAAGAAGAACGAGAACAUCCACCCUUUUGAAGAUACCACCUCGUUAGAAUUCCUGGCAUUGAAGAACGAAUGCGGAGUGGUGGUGUUUGGAACACAUUCAAAAAAGAGACCCAACAACAUCACGGUGUUACGAAUCUACGACGGGCGUGUGCUUGACAUGGUGGAAUUUCUGAUCCUGCCGUCUGCGUCAGACGAGGCUGGCAAGGAGACCAAAUUACAGAUUGGAGUGGGCAUGAAGCCCUUGAUAUUAUUCAGUGGAUCACAAUGGGGGGAUACCUCGUCUUCGGCGCAAGCGACACAGUAUCAGACACUCAAAUCGAUCCUGCUGGAUCUGUUUCAAGGAGAGGAGAUCUCUUCCGUCGAUGUGGCCGGGCUACAAUACUUGCUCAUGAUCGCUGCUGGGGAGAGUGCGGGUGAGUCGGGAGACUUGCAGGACCCAGUGAACAAGCCGGUGCUACAUCUUCGAUGGUACAAGAUCAAGACAGUGCGAUCCGACAAUCCUAAAAUCCCGCGGGUGGAACUCGAUCCGGUCGGGCCCAGUUUCGAUCUCCGAGUCAGUCGGACCCGAGAGGCAGAUGCCUCAAUAAUGAAGGCUGCGCUCAAACAUGGUCGCCGGCCGAACGAGGCUCGCACCAAGAAGAAUAUCGAGACGGAUCUCAUGGGUGACAAGAUUGGUCGCGUGCAUCUUGGAAAACAAGACCUGUCUACCUUGCAAACAAGGAAGAUGAAGGGAUUGAAGAGGGGGAGAGAUGACAGUGAGCCUUUGCAAGAGGGUGGCGACCUUUCGGAUGAUGACAUUGUCAGUGAAGAUGAGGACAUGGUCGAUGGUGGAAUGAUCCUAGACGACGAUGUCUCAGACGGAGGGAGCAGUGGAGGUGGCACUGGGGAUGAGAUCAGUAUAGGUGAAGACGACGAGGACGAGGAGAUGGAAGAUGUCAGUAAUGACAAACCCAAACGACAACGAAUUAACUGAAGACAUCGAGGAAGUCUUGAGCUUCAGAGAUGAUGUGAUGGAUCAUUCUAUGACAGGGUUUUGCUGCUUCUAACUUAAGUUGGCGCAGCGUGCGCACGUUCUUAUGAAGAAGAUUAUGGAAUGGUCCUUUUUUACUGUUAAAACGCCAUAUGACAUUGGCUUGGAGAGGAAAAGGGCGAAUGGCGCAGUUGAAAUGGGUGACCAUUUUAACCUCGACGGAUUCAGUAUUCAUUGGUUGUGCUGCGAUUUUCUAAAGCGGGAGGAGAAGAGAGGAUCACGUAUCACGUGUGCUCCUGUGAAGCAGGUGCAAAAUGCAA